GUGUGCUUCCCCACAUGGGAUUCGGCACAUGUGGACGACGUGAUCGAGGCGGGCUUCGAUCCAGUGGGCCGCAGGGUGUCCAAACUCGAGUUGCGCGAGGCUCUUCGCCGUCGACUUGCUGUGCAGGUGCGGCCCCGGGACCAGAUCAUGAGCAUGAUCGUUGGGGACUUCAAUUUCAUGGCCUCCGAGGCGGACCGGACUUGUAAAUCCUCGGCCGCUGCUGCGGGCGGCCGCGACUACAGGGAUUCGUCCCGCUGGCGCGACCUACUUGGAGUGCCAUUCGGCUUCCACGAGGUCUAUCAGCCUGAACCCACCAGCGCCUCCCCCAACCCCCAGUCUCGCCUCGACCGCGCGUGCUCCAACCAGUGCGACACCGAAUACAUGGACAAGUCCUUCUC